UUUUCUUUUUUCUUUUUUUUUUUUUUUCUUUUCCUUCUUUACAACAUGGCGAAAUCAAAGGCAACUCCACCGAAAACGACAGAAAACAAGUCUGACACUAAAAACAGUGAAAUUGAUGAUAUCUUUGCCACCAAGACCAUCACCAACAAACAACAAGACACUCCCACAUUGACGAAAUCACAAAAACGCAAACAAAAGAAAAAGGCCGCUCAAGCAACAGAGACAGCAACUGAUCAAAAGACGAAUGAUAGUGAAGAUGAACAUAAGGUCCAAGAAGUGAUCUUUGCUCAAUUAGCAGCAGCCAAAAGUUUGAAGCGGAAGACUGCCCCUCCUCCUCCUCCUUCUUCUUCCUCAAUAGACGAUGAUGCCUUUGGUGACUCUAGAGGCAAAAAAGCAAAACGCAUGACAGAUGAUGGAUACCCUCUUUUUGAUGUCAAGGAUUUACGGAUAGGUGAAGGAAAAGAUACUCCUGAUUGUCCUUUUGAUUGCCAAUGUUGUUUCUGAUCGUAAUCCAUAAUGAUGUUUUUAGUUGGAAUACUCUGUUGUAUAGUAGUAGCAUAUUUGUAAUUAGUGAUAGAAGAAAUAAAAUAUCUGUAGAUACAGUAGUAAAA